GUGUGAGUGAUUUGGAACGCUCGUACCUGAUCGGUUUAUCUGAAGAAUUUGUAUAAAUCCCCAAAACGAAAUCUGAAAUCAAGUAGUUUGGUUGAGUAAUUGUUAACAAUGUCGACCUCAUCUGCUUUCGCCAUUAACGCUCCCUGUUUCAUCAAUGCUUCUUCUUUGAAGAAAUCAUCUUCUUCAUCCAAAUCUCCUUCAUUUUCCGCCAGAUUUACUUGCAAUUCGUCAUCAUCGUCAUCAUCGUCGCCGUCUUCAUCUGCAACUCCACCCAGGCUCAUCCGUAACGAGCCUGUUUUUGCUGCUCCUGCUCCGAUCAUCACACCGAAAUGGACGGAAGACAUGGGAAACGAAUCGUAUGAAGACGCCAUUGCUGCACUGAAGAAACUUCUAAUUGAAAGAGGCGAAUUAGAACCAGUUGCUGCAGCCAGAAUCGAUCAAAUCACAGCCGAACUUCAAACACCCGACGCCAAAGCUCCAUUUGACCCGGUUGAGAGGAUCAAAACCGGAUUCGUCAAGUUCAAGAGAGAGAAAUACGAAACAAACCCUGCAUUGUAUGAUGAACUUUCCAAAGGCCAGAGCCCAAAGUUCAUGGUUUUCGCAUGCUCAGACUCGCGUGUUUGCCCCUCACACGUCCUUGAUUUCCAACCCGGUGAGGCGUUUGUAGUACGUAACGUUGCCAACAUGGUCCCUCCUUUUGACAAGACUAAGUAUGCUGGAGUAGGAGCUGCUGUUGAGUAUGCAGUUUUGCAUCUCAAGGUAGAGCAAAUAAUCGUAAUUGGGCACAGCCGUUGUGGAGGGAUCAAGGGUCUCAUGACUUUCCCUGAUGAGGGACCUCACACCACCGACUUCAUCGAGGACUGGGUUAAAGUAUGUUCUCCCGCCAAGGCGAAAGUUGUAGCAGAAAGUGGUAGUUCAUCUCUCGAUGAUCAAUGUGUUAGCUGUGAAAAGGAAGCUGUGAACGUAUCAUUGGGACAUCUACUGACUUACCCAUUUGUAAGAGAUGGAUUGGUGAAGAAAACAUUAGCACUAAAGGGUGGUCAUUACGAUUUUGUUAAUGGGACCUUUGAGCUAUGGGGACUCGACUUUGGCCUUUCACCUCCUACCUCUGUAUGAACGAGUAAAAGAUGUUGCCACUAUACUCCAUUGGAAGCUCUUCUAAGAGGGUGGGAUGAAGCUUAUGAGGUGGUUAUGUAGAAGUCCAUUUUUAUAACAAAACUAUAACCUUGUAAACCCGAUCAUAAAUUAAAUAACAAAAUAUAUUUCGGUUAA